CUGAGAACGAACCACACGAGGGAAAACGCCGUGUUGAAUCUUUAUGGCCCAUUUUUCGGUUACAUCAUCAAAGAUCACGUUACAUUUACGAUUUGUACUAUAAGCGUGAAGCCAUAACGAAAGAGGUGUACGAAUAUUGUAUAAAACAUGGGUAUGCAGAUGGAAAUUUGAUCGCAAAAUGGAAAAAGCCUGGAUUUGAACGCCUUUGCUGCCUUCGAUGCAUCCAACCUAAAGAUACAAAUUUUGGUACAACAUGUAUUUGUCGUGUACCAAAGUCAAAACUGGAAGCAGGACGCAUCGUCGAAUGUGUUUUGUGUGGUUGCAGAGGCUGCUCGAGUACAGAUUUCACAUCUUCUAAAAAGGAAAAAUCGAAACAAAAAAUAUUUGAAGAACAAAAUCAGGAUUCCUCGGCAAAGUUUCCAGAAACGCCAUCAUUAGAUUUGUCAUCUACGUUACCGUAA